AUGCUCGUCUCGUCCCUGCUCGCCGAGGCGCUGCUGGCCCGCCCGGUAUGGCCCGCGCCGGCUGGCACCCGCACCGCCCGCGCCGGAUGCGCGCCGACCGCGCGCCUCUUCUCCGAGGAGUGGAUGGGUCGGCUCGGCACCGCGACUGCCUCCAAGGCGAAGCGCGCAGAGCGGCUGCCGGCGUCGGCACUGGCGCCCGGCUGCGUGCUGGUGGCGGAGCCGGGCUCGUUCGACCACUACUUUCUCGAGUCGCUCGUCCUCCUCCUCGAGCACGGCCCCGCCGGCAGCCGCGGCGUGCUGCUCAACCACGAGACUCCGUGGCAGGUGGACGAGAUGGGGCCCGCGGCAGCCCUCGGCCCGUUCGCCGCCAACCCGCUCUUCCUGGGCGGCGACGCGGGCGCGGACACGAUGGUGGUGGUGGUGGUGGUGCGCGCGGUGGAGGAGGGCGCGCUGCCCACGUCGCGGUUCAAGUUCUUCUACAAGAGCGUCGAGUUUCUGCCCGGGGCCCUCGACGCGCAGGUGGCGGACGACCUCUUCUCCCUGGCUGCUCUGUCGCCCGCCUGGUUGUACGGCCAGGCAGGGCAGCGGUCGAUGUGGGCAGAGGCGCGCGCGCGGGCAAAGCACGACGACGAGCUCAAGGCGUACGUGGCGACGCUGCAGGCGGAGGCGGCGGCGGAGGAGGCGGCAGCGGCCGCCAAGGCGGCGGCGGAGGCGGCGUUUGCGGCGGAGGCGGCGCCGCCGAGUGCCGCGGCGGCGGAGGUGGCGGCGGCGGAGGUGGUGCCGGCGGAGGAGGCGACGGCGGCGGCGACGGAGGCGGCGGCAGCGGCGGGGGAGGGGGAGGCGGGGGAGGGGGAGGCUGCGGCGGCGGCGGCGACGGAGUGGCUUGCGGCGCGUGGAAUCGUCGCGCCCCCCGCCAAGCAAACACGCGAGGGCGGGGGCGGCGAGGGCGGCGAGGGCGGCGAGGGCGGCGAGGGCGGCGAGGGCGGCGAGGGCGGCGAGGGCGCACAGGGUUCGAGCGCGUCGCAGCUGGCGGAGGUGCUUGAGUACCGGCGCUACAUGGGGAACGACCAGUGGCGGGUGCGGUGGCGCGGCGACGGGGGCGAGAGCCGCGAGAGCUGGGAGCGGUGGGCGGUCCUCGACGGCGAGGCGCUGCGGGAGCGGGCGGCGGCGCUGAGGGAAGAGCGGCGCGGGUAG